GAGGAGAGCAAGAUGGCAGCCUCCUUGUGGCUGAGCUGCAGCAGUAAAGGGAUGGUCAAACUACUCCUGGGUGGGAGACUAGUCGCGGGGGCUUGUGCUUCUCUUCGCCUUGGAGGAGGCUGGAGGCUUCUGCACAGGAGCCACGAGCUGCUGGGUAUUCCUGCAUUUAAAAUACUCAUGCCUGCACUGUCUCCUACAAUGGAGGAAGGAAAUAUUGUGAAAUGGUUAAAAAAGGAAGGUGAAACUGUAAAUGCAGGAGAUGCAUUAUGUGAAAUCGAAACAGACAAAGCAGUGGUAACCAUGGAGUCAAGUGAUGAUGGCAUAUUGGCUAAAAUAAUGAUGGAAGAAGGAAGUAAAAAUGUGCGUCUGGGAACACUAAUUGGUUUGCUGGUAGAAGAAGGACAGGACUGGAAGCAGGUUGAAAUACCAGCAGAUACUGGUGAUCCAUCUUGUCUGGCACCCCCGAUGGCGCCGCCUGCAGUUGCACCUACUCCCCCUCCAGUAGGCAUUUUAGCUUCAGCCUCUACCAAAAUGGAACAUGGGCUUGGAAAACUACCGAUUCGCUUAAGUCCUGCUGCCCGCUACAUUCUAGAGACACAUGGACUUGACCCAAGCAGUAUUACUCCCACUGGGCCUCGAGGAAUCCUCACUAAAGAGGAUGCACUCAAUCUUCUGCAGCAGAAACAGAAGAGCAAAGCUGCGGAAUCGAGACCUAUCGUUUCUCCAGCCCCUACUCAGCCUACUGUAGUGCCUUUGGCUCCACAAGCAACAACUGUGUCCUCUGUUUAUCCGCGGCCUGCAGUUCCACCAAUUUCUAUACCGGGUCAGCCUGCAGCACAGGGUACAUUCACAGAAGUCCCUGCCAGCAACAUCCGAAGAGUUAUUGCUAAGAGAUUAACAGAAUCUAAAACUACUGUGCCUCAUUCAUAUGCUACUACUGACUGUGACCUUGAUGCUAUCUUGAAACUAAGGAAAGAACUAGCAAAAGAUGAUAUUAAAGUAUCAGUAAAUGACUUUAUUAUCAAAGCAACAGCAGUUACCCUCAAACAAAUGCCAGAUGUGAAUGUGACCUGGGAUGGAGAGGGCCCCAGGCAGCUGCAAUCUAUCGACAUCUCUAUUGCUGUGGCAACAGACCGAGGUCUCAUUACACCAAUCAUAAAAGAUGCUGCUGCCAAGGGAGUGCAGGAAAUUUCUGCCGCUGCAAAGGCUCUCGCAAAGAAAGCAAGAGAUGGAAAACUGUUACCUGAAGAAUACCAAGGAGGAUCUUUUAGCAUUUCCAAUCUGGGCAUGUUUGGCAUCAGUGGCUUCAUUGCCGUCAUAAACCCUCCUCAAGCCUGCAUCCUAGCUGUGGGACGAGCUCGACCCGAACUCAAGAUUGUGGAAGAUGAAGAAGGGAACGAGAAACUUCUGCAGCAUCAGCUUAUGACAGUGACACUGUCAAGCGACAGUCGGAUGGUGGAUGACAAACUGGCUUCAGUGUUUCUGGAGACCUUGAAAGCAAACCUAGAGAAUCCGAUACGACUUGCCUUAUGUUAA